AUGGAUAUUACUAUGUUCAUUACUGCAUUGGACGAUAAAUCGUCAACCGAAAAUUGUGCAGCACAAGUUAUGUUCUUAAUAAAAGCAAACAAUAACGCUAAAUGGUGCCUUUACCAUGAAAAUGUCGAAAAAUGA